UCACAGAGGAGGAGUCAGGUGCGCCUCCGCCGCGCUCCGUCACACCGCUGGAUCCUCAGAUGAACGCAUGCCAUAACCUCGGAGCACUUUAUGUGGAUUUAACCAACAGGAAGGACUUUGUAGACUGACGCCAACUUCUGCGCUACUGCCUGGUCCCACGGUCCCACGGUCCCAGCGGUGAAUGCGUCGUGCCUUUUGCGCGUACUGCCGAGCUCUAACAGGUGUUGGGGCACGACGAACAUGUCCAAUGGGAAAGGCGCAAAUGCUGCACAACACUCCUCACAGAUGACCCUGAAGGAGUGUCUGGAUGAGUGUAUGGAGGCCUUGGAUCUCUUCCUUAACAACCACUUCAGCGAGAGCCUGGAGAGGCUGCGGCCAAGAGUGAAUGAGAGUAUGUACCAUGCUCUUAUCUAUGCCACGGUGCUGGAAAUGCAGGCCAUGAUGACUUUCCAGCACGAUGACAUCAGCAACGCAGGAAAUACCAUGAAGAGUGCCCAGGAAGUCUGCCAGAGGUUUCGACGGAAAUCCGCAAGUUUGUCUAACAAGUCAGUAGCGGAAUCACUCACUGAAGUGCAGCUUCAUGCUGAAGUGUGUUAUGCAGAGUGCCAACUCCAAAGAGCUGCUCUUACCUUCCUACAGGAUGAGAACAUGGUGAGUUUUAUCAAAGGAGGGAUCAAAGUACGAAACAGUUACCUGAUUUACAAAGACCUGCAUUCCCUCAUAAAAUCUCACAACUGUCUCAAGGGACCCAGCCACGUUCACUUAGAGGGAGGAGUAUCAUUUGGAAUAGGGGCAUUUAAUCUGACACUGUCUCUAUUUCCUCCACGGAUACUCAAAGUUUUGGAGUUUGCAGGCUUCUCUGGAGACAAGGAAUACGGUCUGUCCCUGCUGCGCGAUGGUGCAACAGGGAUGAAUCUGCGCUCCAUGCUGUGCGCUCUGCUGCUGCUCUGCUACUAUACCUUUCUCACGUUCAUACUAGGUAGGACAGGUGAGGGAGAGGUGGCUGAGGCUGAAAGUCUGCUGAAACCUUUCCUGCUCCGCUACCCACGGGGAGCAAUAUUCCUCUUCUUUGCAGGCAGGACUGAAGAGAUCAAGGGGAACAUUGAUGAGGCGGUGGCACUCUUUGAAGAUGGCUGCAAGGCCCAGCAGGCGUGGAAGCAGUUCCACCAUAUGUGCUACUGGGAGCUUAUGUGGUGCUUCACCUACAAGCGAGCGUGGAAGUUGGCGUACUUCUACGCAGACCUGCUGAGCCAGGAGAGCCGCUGGUCCAAGGCCAUGUAUGUUUACAUGAAAGCUGCUUACCUCAGCAUGCUGCCUAAAGAGGAGGCCAGGCCUUUUGGGGAGGACGAGGUAGAGCUCUUUAGAAAAGUGCCUACCUUUAAGCAGAAGAUCGCAGGGAAGUCUCCCCCGACUGAGAAGUUUGCUAUCCGUAAAGCCAGACGCUAUAAGGCCACCUGCCCAAUCAGGCUACCAGUGCCAGUGCUGGAGAUGAUGUACAUGUGGAACGGUUUCAGUAUGAUCAGCAAACGACCCGAGCUGACUGAAGGCAUGAUGCAGACUUUGGUGGAUGCAGAGCGCACCCUACUGGAGUCUCCUGAAAAUGAGUAUUCAGUGGAUGACCGCUGUUUGAUCCACCUGCUGAAGGGUCUGUGUUUCAAGAACCAGGGUCUCCUCCAGGCCGCUGAGGAAUGCUUCAACAAAGUGCUUUCCAGUGAAAAGAAGAUCCGGUUUGACCACUACCUGGUGCCCAACUCUCUGGUGGAGCUCAGUCUGCUCUACGUAGACCAAGGCAGGAGGGACGAGGCAAUUAAAAUACUGCACAAGGCCAAACAAAACUACAAAGACUACUCGAUGGAGUCUCGUACACAGUUCAGGGUGCAUGCUGCUUUAGCCAAACUCAAGGCAGACCCCGGCGAAGAAGACGACACUCAUCUGUAGGACAUCUCUUAAGGACUGGAGAGGCUCUUCACACUGGACUGUGCCUCAGUUAUGGCUGCUUUAGCCUUUUUAACCUAUAUCCAUUUUCAACACAUGAAUACUGGAUGUUUUAUCACUGUGUACAGGUAUACCUUCUCAAGCAUUGUGUCACAGUAUGCACCAACAUACCACUGGACGAAGGUAUAACCUGUUAUAUUUACAAAAGCCCGUCCUUGCGAGACUAUCUUCCAAAAGCAUAAGAGUUUGACAUUUGGAGCUGAGGGACAUUUUAUUUUAUUUAUGGACAAUGUUUUUAUUGUUUACAUUUUAAAAUUAAACACUUGAUUUUAAUGAAAUGUAUUGAAAGCCACUUUAAAUAUCCAAUGUAGGAAAUAUUAUGUCUUAAUGAAAUGUAUAAUGACUAUUAAUUCAUUGAAAGGGCUCUGCAUGAUUAUUAUACUAAGUAACUUCAGCAUAAUGAUGUGGAAUGACAAAGUUGAUCAGAUCCUAUGGAAUUUCACAGACAACAGCAAAAAACACUUGAUAUAAAAGCUUAUUCAGACAAUGGUUAACUGGCCUGAAGAAAUGUACGACCCACAGAUAGCAGCCAGUACUCUGUACACAUAUGUCAUACACUGACCCAUUCUCUAUGGGCUGCAAAUAAGCACGGCAAAGCUAAAGCAUGAGGUAAAACAACAGUUUACUGCUGUUCCAAACCCACUUUCACCAUCUUGGUGUGUUUGAAUCAAAAUUCUGUAAAAAUAUUUUUGCAUAAAUAAAUUCUACGUGCAUUUGACACCAAA